ACGUCGCUUUUUUGUUAUGUAACCUUUGCAAAGUUAAAUAUUAGUUAUUCGUUGAAUUAUUCUACUAUAUUACCUAAUACCUGGUGAUUUGUGUUAAGUUUGAUUGAACUAAGUGACCGUUUUGAAGACAAAGAAAAUGGAACCGCAAAUCUUCAUCAAUUCCACCUCACCGGAAGUGACGGGUUUCCGGUGCGGUGAAUGUGGAGGUUUUUUUCGGCGUCAGCAUUUGCUUCGUUUGCACGAGCAGAAAAGUCACGGGGCAAACAAAUCGUCGCAGCCGCCGGUGAAAUCAAUCACGAUCAACAAAACUGAGCAUUUGGCGCCUGGCUUUUUGAUUCCGGCAUUCCACACGAACGCCUUACAAGUGGCUCGUUCCAGGCAGGAGAUUCCUUUCGCGGUACUGUACAAGAGCAACGAAAUUCCGCUGAUUGUGCGCGUCAUCGAGAAAGGCGCCUCAACGCUUCUGAAGGCAGCUGAAAAGGCAGACUUUUUGGAGGCUCAGCAACGCACCGGAAGGGGAAAAAGUAGCUACGUAAUUGCCGUGGUGGCCAUCAUACACGAGCGGGUUAGCGAAAAUGGAACCACGGUUUUUAUGAUUUCGGGUCCCAUUCCCGGCGAUCAGCAGAAGCAGCAGCAACAGGGUUCAACGCCGAAAGCUACGGGGGAGUUUGAGAAUCGAAUGCUGAUGGACGCAGGCAACGAAAACCUGCACAAAACACUUGCUCAACUCAAUGCACCGGAAGUGGAAUUCCUGGAUGGGAAAAGAUUCCCGAAUAAGGAGACGGAAUUGCCAAAAGCUUCGCGACCCCAUCAAGCGCCAGGACCAAGGCCAUCGACAUCCGGUAUCAACACGCUUAAGCGCAAGUCAAAGGAUCCCGCUCGAUCGGCCCUGCCACCAAAACGUGCCCCUUUGGUUCAACAGCCCAAAGUGAUUGCCGUCGUAGACGAAGCCAUUUGGUACGGACCACAACAGAAAACCAACACCCAAAUCCUGCCGGCAAUCGGCAAGAGCAGCCAACAGCGAAGCGUCAAAGAGAGAAACUUUCAAAACAUCGCUACAACCGGACCGCUGCUGUCUCCGGUUAAGAGUGACCCCCCAAUCGCUGCUGCUAAACCGCCGGUCUCGGUCGUGAAGGAAGAGGAUCCCUUCGCCAGUUUGGAUCUAAUGGAGCUAUUUCCGCUAGAAGGCGGAGGUGGACAGAUUCCCGAACCGGUGUUCUUUGAUGACAGCAUUAUCGAAUUCAUUGGACCAGAGGAGGAUAAUAUUUUAGAGAUAAUGUGAAUAUUUUCGAGACUUACCUUUUAUUAACAUAGCCAACCUGUUUCCGUUUCGAUGUUACACACAAACUUUGAACAGCCCUUCCCCAAAUUAAUUUCUCAUAUUUCCAAUCAACACUUUCCGUAUUUCUUCUGCUCUGCCAAUAAAGAAAAAUCUA